AUGAAAAAGAAAGUCCACAACAGAAGCAUUAAGAUCCAUCACAAGAGCAUGGAUGAUUACGUCUUGACUGGCCUUUACCCAAACGAAGAAUACUACAUAUGGGUUUCAGCAAAAAGCAGGAGGGGUGAAGGUGCGCCGACUUUUCCCCUGCUCGUCUCAACACAAAAGUAUGUGCCGAGUGAGCCACGUGACAUGAACGUUUUGGCGAUGAACUCCACAACGUUAUUCGUUGAGUGGAAGCCUCCCAUUGAAGUCCAGCAUCACAGGUUCAUUGAUGGUUAUCAGAUAUAUGUUCACGGGGAAGAUAUGGGCGAGAAUCUUCUCAUGGAGCAACACUCCAAUAGCGCUUCAAACGGAUCUUCACUGACUUACUUUGUCACAAAUCUCCAGCCGAAUUCGACAUACCGGGUUCAGGUGGCCGCCAAAACACGAAAGGGUCCAGGAACACGUUGCAAUCCAAAAGCCGUUAAGACACUCGGGGGAGUUCCUUCAAGACCCGCUCUCCAGAUAAGGUGGAAAUUCACAGAGAAAGGAUUCAAGUACGAGUUUCGAUUGGCUGCCCGCAAUGACGGUGGCUAUGGUCAGGAGGGGUUCAUUGAUAUCAGAACACCUGAAGGACCUCCUACUGGCCCCCCCACAAACAUUUCCUUCCAUUUCAUCACUUCAGACACCGUCGUGCUCACCUGGGAUGUCCCAGAGGUCUUCCAUUGCAAUGGCCGCAUCCUUGGCUACAAUCUCCGUCUCUACACAAAGUUAGGCGACCACCUAAUCUCGGAAAUUAAUAAUCUCGAAACGCCGAAGUUCGUUAUGAAGGAGUUGGCUGAGGACACUUCGUACUAUUUCCGGAUCAGUUCCUACACCACAGCAGGUUCUGGACCCUUCUCAGAAAGGAUGUACUGGAAGACUAUUCCUGCAAUUAUUUCUGCUCCUAGUAAUGUUCGAGCAGCGACAACUUUAGAGGAUUCCUUGGAAGUCUGGUGGGAUGAAGUUCGGCUACGCGAUAUCAUCGGAUAUAGGAUCUACUAUACAAUGAAUGAAACUAUUGACAUGGACAUGUGGAUGCACAAAGACACCCGGAGCACGUAUUCAGCUGAGCUGCAAAACCUUAAAAUAUAUCAAAGAUACUACAUCAGAGUGGCUGCCCGUGGCAAAGAAGUGGGGAUGCUUUUCUCCUCGCUGAAGAGUUAUGCAGAAUAUAAUGGAUACUUGGGGAAGCAAUCAAAGAUGAUCGUGGUGAAGGUAAAUCAAGAAGAUGUCCCUACAAAUGUUUACAUUCGGAAGAAAUAUGAAGAGUACAGUACUACAGCCAUUAUGUGGGAAUAUCCCAUUGCUUUCCAGCCCAUCGAGUACAAGGUCUGA